UACAUGGCCAAUAGCUACUGUUCAGUGGGGGUGUUGAGGACCUCCAUGGGGGUCCUGCAACGACAACUGUACGAGGGAGGAGAGUAUGACAUUUUCAAGUACGCUCCCAUGUUUGAGAGCGACUUUAUCCAGGUCAGCAAGGAAGGAGAACUGAUUGACCUAGACAACCGCGUCCGAAGGGUGACUGUGGGCGUCGCAUCCACCAGCCCCCUCUUCCCACUACCUGACGUCAUGCUGCUGGCCCGAACAACGAAAGUCUGUGAAGAGCAUGUCAGAUGCGCCCGGAUCACCAAGGGGAGAGGUUGCAAGCCCGUGAAGACCCUAGAGCUCACCAGGCUGCUUCCCUUGAAGUCUGUCAAGAUCUCCAUCCACAACCGUGAGAAACAGCAGCUGUGCCUGAAUCUUGCUACCGGCCGUACUUUCUAUCUGCAGCUGUGCCCCUCUUCCGAUGCACAAAAAGACCUCUUUUCCCAUUGGGAAAAGCUUGUCUAUAUCCUGAGACCACCGGUAGUCAGUUACAGCAGUACCCCGAUGCUCCAAACUGGAGAUGCAGCGACUACAGAGGAUGCCAAAAUCCUAACCACAGAGCUCCACAGAGAAAGGGAUCAGGAUGAGGCUGGGAUUCACAAGCUUCGUGACGUGCACAUCCUCGACGGAGAAAGCGGAUCCGGCGAGGACAUUACAGGUGCUGCCAGCUUAUCCUUGCAGGACACGAACCUGGUCUUGGCGGAUGUUGCCAGCACAUCCUCGACGGUGGCAGAUGGUCCAGAGAGCAGCAUGAGCAUGGUGUUGCCAGUUGCAGUCACAACCAGCAAGCCUGCUGCUGGAAGAGCUGAAGGGAAGGUCGCAGACCCCGUGGUCUCCACCUUGCAGACUGAAGGCUACAUGUCUGAACGGGAUGGAAGCCAGAAGGGCUUCCACCCCAGGGAUGAAGCCUGGAGAGAAAAAAAG